AUGGAUGAUGAUUAUGAUGAGCUACUAUCAUCUCUAGUUAACUUUAACGUAAAUGAAGAGUUAAAAAACAGUAGUGAUAUUGGUGAAAGAUUAUUAUAUACAGUUUGGAGUAAUAUAUUUUUAAGAAAUCAAAUUCAUAAUCAUAUUUUAUUGUUUAUUGAGCACAGUUAUGCAGAUCUUGAUAUAUCUCGUUAUUACCAGUUUAAAGAUAAAUCAUAUAUAACAGCACUUGUGUGGUAUGAUGAUCCACUACCAGAAAAGAAUGAAUUUCCACCAUUUUUGACAAAUUUUUAUUUGUACUAUUUUCCUAAAAUGUUACCUCCAGCAACUUUACCAAAUACAAUUACUACACUCACAUUCGGUGAAAAAUUUAACCAAGUAGUUCCACCGGGCUCAUUGCCAAAUAGUCUCACAACACUCACAUUCGGUUAUUUGUUUAACCAAGUAGUUCCACCCGGCACAUUACCCAAUAGUCUCAAAACACUCACAUUCGGUUAUUUUUUUAACCAAGUAGUUCCACCUGGUUCAUUGCCAGAUAGUCUCACAACACUCACAUUCGGUCAUCUUUUUAACCAGGCAAUUACACCGGGCACUUUACCAAAUAGUCUCACAACCCUCACAUUCGGUAAUUGUUUUGAUCAAGUAGUUCUACCCGGCACAUUACCAAAUAGUCUCACAACACUCACAUUUGAUUUUGGUUUUGACCAAGAAUUUCCACCCGGCACAUUACCAAAUAGUCUCACAACACUCAAAUUAGGUAAUAGAUUUAACCAAGUAUUUCUACCCGGCUCAUUACCAAAUAGUCUCACAACACUCAUAUUCGGUGAUUGUUUUGACCAAGUAAUUCUACCCGACACAUUACCAAAUAGUCUCACAACACUCACAUUUGGUCCUAAUUUUAACCAAGUGGUUCCACCUGGCUUAUUACCAAAUAGUCUCACAACACUCACAUUCGGUUUUCAUUUUAACCAAGAAGUUCCACCCGGCACAUUACCAAAUUGUCUUACAACACUCACAUUCGGUGAUAAUUUUAACCAAGUGGUUACACCCGGCUCGUUGCCAAAUAGUCUCACAACACUCACAUUUGGUGAUUGUUUUGACCAAGUAGUUUCACCCGGCACAUUACCAAAUAGUCUCACAACACUCACAUUCGGUAUUAUAUUUAAUCAAGUAUUUACACCCGGCACAUUACCAAAUAGUCUCACAACACUCAUAUUCGGUUAUGGUUUUAACCAAGAAGUUCCACCUGGCUUAUUACCAAAUAGUCUCACAACACUCUCAUUCGGUAAUGGUUUUAAUCAAGUGGUUCUCCCCGGCUCAUUACCAAAUAGUCUCACAACACUCACACUCGGUGAUGGUUUUGACGAAGUAGUUCUACCCGGCACAUUACCAGAUAGUCUCACAACACUCUCAUUCGGUGAUUGUUUUAACCAAGAAGUUCCACCCGGCUCAUUACCAAAUAACCUCACAACACUCACAUUCGGUAAUAGUUUUGACCAAGAAUUUACACCCGACACAUUACCAAAUAGUCUCACAACACUCAAAAUCGGUUAUGGUUUUAACCAAAAAUUUCCACCCGGCUUUUUACCAAAUAGUCUCACAACACUCACAUUGGGUCCUACAUUUUAA